CCCUCUCUUCUCCUUCCACACCCCAUCCCCUUCCCCGUCCUUUUCAUACCGCCCAGCGGCAUCCACACCCCACGACCCGACAUAUGUUGUCAAAACGCGUUAUCGCUGCUGCUCGCAGCCGGGCGCUGUACGCCAACAAGCAAUCCGUUUCCAUGUCCAAAGGAUGGAAAGCAGCCAGCAGCCAGCUGCAGCGCUCCCAGUUCCACUCGUCACGCCUCUUGAAGGCCGAGACGGUUAAAGUGCCCCAGAUGGCCGAGUCCAUCUCCGAGGGUACGCUGAGGUCCUGGUCGAAGCAGGUUGGCGAUUCGGUGGAGGCGGACGAGGAGGUCGCGACUAUUGAGACCGACAAGAUUGAUGUCACCGUAAAUGCACCCAAGGCUGGCAAGAUUGUUGAACUUCUCGCCAACGAGGAGGAUACCGUGUCUGUCGGACAGGACCUGUUCAAGAUUGAGCCCGGUGAAGGUGGCCAAAGCUCGUCUGCCCCCCAAGAGCAGUCGAACGAGGAGCCCAAGCAGGAAGAGCCCCAGAAGGAGGACACUCCUAAAAAGGAAACGGAGGAUAAAGAGGAGCCCAAGGACCAGCAGGUCGAGAAGAAGAUGCCUGAGCCUCCCUCUCCUUCUCAGGGCGACAAGCAGGCACCAAGCAAUCAGCCCGGUGCUCAGGGUGCUGGAGCCAAGAAGGAGGCCCCUAAGCCUAAGAAGGAGGCCAAGGAGGAAUCAAAACCCUCUCCCGCAAGGGUUCCGGGCACUCGUAACGAGACUCGGGUCAAGAUGACGCGCAUGCGCCAGCGCAUCUCGGAGCGCCUGAAGGAGUCGCAGAACGCGGCGGCCUCGUUGACGACGUUCAAUGAGAUCGACAUGUCGUCGUUGAUGGAGAUGCGCAAGAAGUUCAAGGACGAGGUGCUCAAGGAGCAUGACGUCAAGCUCGGCUUCAUGUCUGCGUUCGCGCGCGCGUCCGUCCUCGCGCUGCAGGAGAUCCCGACCGCGAACGCGUCGAUCGAGGGCGACGAGAUCGUCUAUCGCGACUACGUCGACCUGAGCGUCGCCGUCGCGACGCCCAAGGGCCUCGUCACCCCCGUCGUGCGCAACGCGGAGGGGAUGGGCUUCGUUGAUAUCGAGAAGGAGAUUGCCGCGCUCGGCAAGAAGGCGCGCGAUGGCAAGCUCACGCUUGAAGACAUGGCUGGUGGCUCGUUCACCAUCUCCAACGGCGGUGUUUUCGGCUCACUAUACGGCACCCCCAUCAUCAACCUGCCCCAGGCUGCUGUCCUGGGCAUGCACGCCAUUAAGGAGAAGCCCGUUGUCGUUAACGGCCAGAUCGUCAUCCGGCCUAUCAUGGUCGUCGCCCUGACCUACGACCACAGACUUCUCGACGGCCGUGAGGCCGUUACUUUCCUCGUCAAAGUCCGCGACUACAUCGAGGACCCUAGGAAGAUGCUCCUCGCGGGCCAUUAAUGGACGUAUGCUUGAAAGUCGGAAGAGGACUCAUAAUGGUGGAUAAUCUCGUCUUUUGUUUUCUCAUAAUAUACAUACGUCGAAACCAUGUGUCCUGACAUAUUUAGUUGUUCUCAACCCGGUAAAAUUUCUAGAUUCAAUAUGCGAC